AUGGUGCUGAACACCGUCCUAAAUAAAGAUCUAUCAACAGACACGAACGGUGGCGAGGGCAAUAAUGACUUGACUGCGCCAGUACUCUCACCAGAGGGCUACUAUAGCAGUACCGAAGAGACCGGAAAAGCAAGCACAGAUGGGUGUAUGAGAAGCCCAGCACCAUCUCAUCCAGACAUCAGCUUAGCAAAUAAGCAAAAUCCAGCGCAUGAUUUGGAAAAUCCAAGGAAAAGGAGUCGCGAACGAAAAUUCGAAAAUGAAUGUGACAAAGUGGAAGCUCUAGAUCUGACACAAAAACGACAAAAACGGAUUUCCCAGUAA